CUCCUGCUAGGUUCGUCGGCGGUGGGAGCGCGCAGGCGCGGCUGGUGGUUCCCUGAGAGCGGAGGAGCGGCGCCCGGGGCGCGGGAAUCAUCAUCCAGGGACCUGCCAGAGACCACAAGAAAACAUGGGGAGGAUUUUCCUCACAGGAGAAAAAGCCAAUUCAGUAUUGAAACGCUAUCCAAGAGCAAAUGGACUUUUUGAAGAGAUAAGACAGGGCAACAUUGAUCGUGAAUGCAAAGAAGAAAUCUGCACAUUUGAAGAAGCAAGAGAAGCUUUUGAAAAUACUGAGAAAACUCCUCCCUUGCCACUCAGGCUGGGAAAUCUGUGAGGCCGCCACCGCCUUCAGCCCCGCUGCUGCCUGCUCCGCAGCCCUCGC